UACCUGCGAAGGGAGCGCUGACCAUGGCUCCUUGGCCCGAGUUGGAAAAUGCCCACCCCAACCCCAAUAAAUUCAUCGACGGGGCCUCAGGUCCACAGUCUAGUGCACCUGCCAAAGACAAGGAGGCCAGCAAAACAAAUGACAGCGGGACUCCUGUAGCCAAGAUUGAACUUCUACCUUCCUAUUCCGCCCUGGUUCUCAUAGAGGAGCACCCUGAGGGGACUGACCCCUGGGACCUGCCUGAACUCCAGGACACUGGGAUCAAAUGGUCAGAGAGAGACACCAAAGGGAAGAUUCUCUGCAUUGUCCAGGGAAUUGGGAAAUUCAUUCUUCUCCUGGGGUUUCUGUACUUGUUCGUGUGCUCCCUGGAUGUACUCAGCAGCGCCUUCCAGCUUGUUGGAGGGAAAAUGGCGGGCCAGUUCUUCAGCAACAACUCCAUCAUGUCUAACCCCGUGGCUGGGCUGGUGAUAGGGGUACUGGUGACGGUCAUGGUUCAAAGCUCCAGCACGUCUUCUUCAAUUAUUGUCAGCAUGGUCGCUUCCUCACUGCUGACCGUGCGGGCCGCCAUCCCCAUCAUCAUGGGUGCUAACAUUGGAACCUCCAUUACCAAUACAAUUGUGGCACUUAUGCAGGCAGGAGACAGAAAUGAGUUUCGAAGGGCAUUUGCAGGGGCCACUGUCCAUGACUUCUUCAACUGGCUCUCCGUGUUGGUGCUCUUGCCUCUGGAGGCUGCUACCCAUUACCUGGAGAUCCUGACUAACCUUGUGUUGGAAACCUUCAAGUUCCAGAAUGGAGAAGAUGCCCCAGACAUUCUGAAAGUCAUCACAGACCCCUUCACCAAGCUCAUCAUCCAGCUGGAUAAAAAGGUCAUCCAACAAAUCGCGAUGGGUGACUCGGCAGCCCAGAACAAGAGCCUGAUCAAGAUCUGGUGUAAAAGUAUAAGCAAUGUGACUGAGAUGAAUGUCACCAUCCCCUCACCGGAUAAUUGCACCUCUCCUUCAUAUUGCUGGACUGAUGGCAUACAGACCUGGACCAUCCAGAAUGUGACCCAGAAAGAGAAUAUUGCUAAAUGUCAGCACAUCUUCGUGAAUUUUGAGCUCCCGGACCUUGCUGUGGGCAUCAUCCUGCUUACCGUCUCCCUGCUGGUCCUCUGCGGCUGUCUGAUCAUGAUAGUCAAGCUGUUGGGUUCUGUGCUCAGGGGACAGGUUGCCACUGUCAUCAAGAAGACCCUUAAUACUGAUUUCCCCUUUCCCUUUGCCUGGCUGACUGGUUACCUGGCCAUCCUUGUGGGGGCAGGCAUGACAUUCAUCGUGCAAAGCAGCUCUGUGUUCACCUCUGCCAUGACACCACUUAUCGGUAUUGGGGUGAUCAGCAUUGAGAGGGCAUAUCCACUCACGCUGGGCUCCAACAUUGGCACCACCACCACUGCCAUUCUGGCUGCCUUAGCCAGCCCGGGCAACACCCUGAGGAGUUCCCUCCAGAUUGCCCUGUGCCAUUUCUUCUUCAACAUCUCUGGAAUAUUGCUGUGGUACCCAAUCCCAUUCACCCGUCUGCCCAUCCGUCUGGCUAAAGGCCUGGGCAACAUCUCUGCCAAGUAUCGCUGGUUCGCAGUCUUCUAUCUCAUCUUCUUCUUCUUCCUGACCCCGCUGACAGUGUUCGGCCUGUCUCUGGCAGGCUGGCCAGUGCUGGUGGGUGUGGGUGUACCCAUCAUUCUCCUGGUGCUCCUGGUCCUGUGCCUCCGGAUGCUGCAGUCCCGCUGCCCUCGCAUCCUGCCCCUGAAGCUCCGGGACUGGAAUUUCCUACCCACAUGGAUGCACUCUCUGAAACCCUGGGACAAUGUCAUCUCCCUGGCUACCACCUGCUUCCAGAGGCGCUGUUGCUGCUGUUGCCGCGUGUGCUGCCGUGUCUGCUGCAUGGUGUGUGGCUGCAAGUGCUGUCGCUGCAGCAAGUGCUGUAGGGACCUGGAGGAGGAAGAGGAUGGAAAGGAGCAAGAUAUCCCAGUCAAGGCUUCUAGAGCCUUUGACAAUGCAGCUAUGAACAAAGAAUGCCAAGAUGAGGACAAGGGCCAAGUGGAAGUUGUGAGCAUGAAAGCCCUGUCCAACACUACAGUGUUCUAG